GCCCCGCUCGCUCCCACUCCUCAACUUCAACCCCCCACACCACUCGCCAACGCCUCCGCCGCCGUCCACUCGCCUUCUUGCUCUGCCCACCGCGAGCGCGCCCGGAGCGACGAUGGCCGCCGCAAUGCCACCGCCGCCGCUGCCCGCCCUCCUCGCGGCGCUGCUGCUGCUCCUGGUGGCGCUUCCGCCGGCCGCGGCGCGCGUCCCCGGCGUGUACACGGGCGGCGACUGGCAGAGCGCGCACGCCACCUUCUACGGCGGCAGCGACGCCUCGGGCACCAUGGGCGGCGCGUGCGGGUACGGGAACCUGUACAGCCAGGGGUACGGGGUGAACAACGCGGCGCUGAGCACGGCGCUGUUCAACGAGGGGGAGAGGUGCGGCGCGUGCUUCGAGAUCCGGUGCGUGAACCAGCCCGGGUGGGCGUGGUGCCUGCCGGGGCGGCCGUCCAUCGUGGUCACCGCCACCAACUUCUGCCCGCCCAACUACGCGCUGCCCUCGGACGACGGCGGCUGGUGCAACCCGCCCCGCCCCCACUUCGACCUCGCCAUGCCCAUGUUCCUCCACAUGGCCCAGUACCGCGCCGGCAUCGUCCCCGUCUCCUACCGCCGGGUGGCGUGCCGGAAGUCGGGCGGGGUGCGGUUCACCAUCAACGGGUUCAGGUACUUCAACCUGGUGCUGAUCACCAACGUGGCGGGGGCCGGGGACCUGGUGCGGGCGAGCGUGAAGGGGUCCAGCACCGGGUGGAUGCCCAUGUCGCGCAACUGGGGCCAGAACUGGCAGUCCAACUCCGUCCUCGUCGGCCAGCCGCUCUCCUUCCGCGUCACCGCCAGCGACCGCCGCACCUCCACCUCCUGGAACGCCGCCCCACACAACUGGCGCUUCGGCCAGACCUUCGAGGGCAAGAACUUCAGGGUCUAGCUGCCCUUCUUCUCCUUCUCCUUCUCCGGCGCCGGCGAUGGAUGCGGCGCAUGGACGUCGUCUUAUAUACUACUACAUACUAGUGAGCGAGUAAUUACUACAGUGAGUGGGCGAGGUUGGUGUGUGGCCUGCGAAUGCAGAUGCAAGGUGCAAGCAGGUUCAUACUAGUAGCAGUCUAUCUAUCUAGUCUUAAUUAGGGUGAAGCUGGGAACUGAAGGGUGGUGGUUGUGUGGAGCGGCGGCUGAAGUGGCUGCAAAGCUGCAGCUGAAGAUGGGAGCGGCGAGUGUAGCCCGCAGCUGCUGCUUCUCCGGUGUCCUGUGCCCCGUGUCGUGUCAUCUUUGUCUCCAUGGCACGCUGCUGGCUGUUACUAGUACUAUUUAUCAUGUCAAUCGAUCAAUCAUGGACCUGAUUUAUAUAUGUGUCUAUCUAUCAACCAGCUUGGUCGCUGGGGUUGCAAAGAAGGAUAAUACUAUUACCUCUCUCUGACA